AUGUCCACCACGACGCAGCAAUCGGACACGUCGUGGAAGCCCAUCAAGAUUCUGUACAUCAUCACGAGCCUUGCGCCCUUCGACUGGAACCCCUUCGGCCCGAGGAAGUGGAAUUACUUGCAGGAGGCGGAUCCCACCGGAACGAAGACGGACAUGCACUGCAUCUGGUUCGCCCGGGCUCACAAGAAGGGCGACGCGUACAACGGCACCUAUCAGAGCCAAUACGACCCCACGACUGGCAGGCAUGACCUCGUGAAGAUCAGCGGCAUCGCUGCGUGGGAUACCGUGGCGGUGCAGAAGUUCGUGGCGGAGCACUACGAAGAGGGUAACACUCGGCUGGUGAUUGGGACGCAUGGGCAGGGCGACUGGUUCUGGAUCCUGAACUACACGACGGAUGGUGGCCGUACGUACCACCAAGGGGAGUCGGUUUCGGUCAACCAGGUGAUCCGGGAGAACUUCCAGGGGCGGCACUUCCUCAGCACCGUGCUGGACUGCUGCCUCAUGGGGGAGCUGUACACCAUGAGUAACUUCAACAGCAUUACCAACUACGUGGGGUGUGGGGAAGGCUUCCAGUGGGGCGACGACUGGGACCUGAACGGGACGAUGUUCUCGGCGACCUCGGCGCUGGCCCAGAGCAACCCAAGCAUCAACACGUACAACGCGCUGGUGGCAACGGGGGAGCACUUCAUGCAACACUCUCCCCUGGGGAGAAACGACUUUGGGAUCUACUUCACCCCGAGCGCCGAUGCCCUGCUUACGCACAUCAACGAGAGCCCGAUCUACCACGGCAUACUGAAGGAGACCUCCGAGAAGAUUGCCAGACAUACACCCAUCACCGAGAAGAACUUCAACUACAGCUUUUACACAGUGGCGGAUGAUGACGACUCCAGCGACACGCAGUACCUCGUGGAUGUGUGGAAGCUGGCACUCACCAACCCGAGCGACACCAAGCUUGUCACGCUGUUCCGAAGUGUGUUGCGGUGGCACCAAGGGCAGCAUUGCGGCUCUGGCCCCGAGACACCGGCCCACUACAACUUCCAGCUCAGCGGUCUCUCCCUUACGUCUGGUCAUGUCAGCAACUCCAUCUCUCCGAUUCUGAUUCGACGGCUCACAGGAACUGCUCCGAACGAAACCCUUCCGGUGUAUGCGAUCGCCUUCAUUGCUCUUCUUGCGUUGGUGCUGGUGGUUGGGCUGCUGCUCGGAAGGCGUCCGAAGUCAAUGUCAUCGAUGCGAAACCUCAGCGAGGCAUCAGACGAAGGGCAUAUGAUGGAGCUGUAUGUCCCAGAAGCCUAUUCUAAUUAUUAA